AGCAUAUGGAAAGUCAGGCCAGUGACAGAAGAAUAGCUCCAUAGAAACUUACAGUGCGUACGAGAAGACCUGUGCCUGAUCACUAGAUUGACAAGUGGUACUCUCUGCUUCGCUGCACUCUCAUUUGGCCGAGCUCGUGCUGCAGGUUUUUCAGACAAUGAGUUCACUACAAAAGGAGAUACAGGAAAACGAAAACCCUACGCAGGAACAACAGGACAUCCUCGAGUACAAUUUUAAUAAUGUGUCCAAGCAGCCAGACGAAACCACCCUGAUGCUAAUUGCUGCUGAAGCAGGUCUUACAGAAGAAGAGGCAAAAGAAUGGUUCAAAGCCCGAUUAGCCAAAUGGAGAAAAUCAGAGGGCUUACCGACGGAAUGUGGGUCAGUCAUGGACUAAGCAGCUGUACCUGGAGGGAUUUUGGACACCAUUUUGUACUUAAAUGGAGUUUAUAUUUUCCUACAAAAAUGAAUGUGAUGUUCUGAGAGUAAAACAUAUGUCUAUACAUGUAUAAUUAUUUUAACAAAAUGAACUGCUUUUAUAUAAAUAUAUAUAUGCAUAUAUAAGUUCCGGUUGAUGUGACAUAUUUUGAAUUUAUAACAUGGGAAAAAUUCACACAUGAAAAAAGGGAAAUAUUUAACAAAUAUAAUGUAAUGGUUACAUUAAAAUUAUAUUAAAAUGAUUUAUCUAUAAAUAGAUUUAGUGUCUAAAGGCAUGUACAUAAGUAAAUAUGACUUAUGUGGUGCAAUAUAAGAAAUGGUUAGAAGACAAAUGAGAUAGCUUUGCAGACAGCGGAUUCAAUGCUAACCAUCUCACAAACUAAAAACCCCACACUGCCUCCACUUGCACCAUAUCUUCUCAGUGAUACACCUGCUCUAAGCCUCCAUACAAGCUUUAUCAAACAGUAAACAUCUCGUUCUUCCUCUUCACGAGCCCUAUUCCUAAUUCUUUUUUUCAUUUGUCUUUUAUUGUUCUAAUAGCAUUUCUAACGUUAUUCAUUAUCUUUACAAUACUACUCUUUGAUAAAUAUGAACUGCUAUAUCUCAAGUGAAGUUUAGCAAAUUACAUUCUUUAGUCCCACUACAUGCUUUUUUUUUUACAGUGGAAUCACAUGUAAUAAAAUGUUAAUUGAAUAUUAAAUUGUAAAUUUAUAUGGAAAAUUUAUUUUUUUUUAAACCUGUUUUUUCAGCAUAAUUUUAUUUUGAGGUCACUGUUUGUAGCUGUCAACAGCAAAGUCUUCUGGGGUUCUAAUACUCAUGAACAGUGGACAUCUAAUUUGUGUAGAAUAAAAGCUAUAGCAAGCAUCUGGCAAAGAUGGUAUGACGAUCUUGUGGUAUGUGCGAACAGUCAAAUCUAAACACCCAAGGGUUCUAUUUAUUAAAGAUAUAAUAUUUGACAUACUAACAUGGCUGUUCUCUUCAACUCAAUUUAGAAUGUUGUAAUCUGCCACAAUUCUGCAGGUUAAUGAACAGUUACAUUGAGUUAAACCCAACAACUGCAUUCAACACCCAUGUAUCUCUAGCUAUUUGUUGUCAAUGGAAUUUAGCAAGUAGAAGUAGAUUAGAUAGAGAGCAGAUUUUUUUCAUGGAAUCCCUCACAAUAGAUUUAAAUUAGGUGUUUAUUAACAUAUUUUUCUAGGCUAACUCAGGUAUGUAACAUGGUAGAAUCUUUUAGAUACAAGCUUGUUCAGUGAAAAAUACACUGACAGCUAUGUGGACUCGUGUACAAAAGCCCAAGAAAAACAGAGAUGCUCAACAAUAGUGAAUAUUCCAGCCCAGCAUGAUUUAUCUAGACUGAUUUUGUGGUUCCACUUGUUCCACUAAUCAUUUAAGAGUCUCAAAAUUUUGCAGGUAAUUUGGUGGCCAAAUUAUCUAACACGCACUACAUUACGAAAAAGAUAUAUAAGUUCCAUUUGGUAUCAAUAUGUAGGAAAAGCUUGUGCAAACAAAUAUUGUAAUAAUGCAAGGGAUUAUAAUAAAUUGUUAUUAUAGUAUAUAGUUUGU